AUGUCACCCGAGUCCGAACGAACCACGCGGCGACCCCUCGGGCUGCUCAAGAAGCCUCGUCCCAAGCCGCUGCCGCAGCUCUCGACGAUGGACCAGCGCAUCCUCGUCCUCUUCAACUCGAAGCUCCAGCGCAUGAACCAAGAGCUCUAUCGGCUCCAGUCGACGCACACCGCAAGGCCGCCAGCCGAGAUGCACCACGCCGCGAUCGUCCUGCAGCGAGUCUACCGCGGCCACCGAGACCGGACGCUCGUAUUUGCCUUCUUUGGCCCGCGCAACCAGCAAAAAGCGCUCUUGAUUCAGCGCAUCUACCGUGGUCACAGGGGCCGUUGCCGCGCCAAAGCCGCGUGGGCGACCUUUUGGUUUUUGCAUGCUCAGCGCCUACAAGCGUGGAUACGAGGCCUCUUCGCUCGCGACUAUGUCGAGCACCUCCAACUCUGUCGAAUCGUGGCGGCUGCCGCACGGAUUCAGCGGGUGUACCGCGGGUACGGCGGCCGUUGCAUCGUACACCGAGUGCGGCACGCGUAUCACACGACAUGUGUCAUCGAACUGCAGCGCGUCUACCGCGGCCAUCGAGGACGACGUAUUGUGGCCACGAUUCGGUUUGAGAACGCCAAAAAUGCCCGUGCGAUCGCGCUCGCCAGUGCACUGCACAACAUCUCGACGCGGUGCAGCGGCUGCACGUACCCCCAGAUGACACACCCGUCGUUGCUCAUGUGUCUCUUUGCGCGCCUCCUCGGGCUCUUUGAUUUGCGCGGCGCCAAAGUACUCUGCUUGGACGGCUUCCAGCGCUUUCCCACCGAGCCGCUGUACCUCUUUGCGUACAGUCUUGUCUUGCAGCUGCAAGGAGGCAGUCUCGAGGUCGCUAUGGUUUACUUGAACAAGGCUAAGGCACUCGGGCUCAGUGACGCGCACCGCCAAUACUGCGAAACAAAGUUCUUUUACGCGGCGCUGCAGUGGCGGCCGGGCGACGCGACCAUUUGCCUUGCAUUUGCGAUCGCGCUCCAGUGCUUUGGGCUCGUCCGGCGCGCCGACGCCUUGUACAAGCAAGCGCUCGCAGGCAACGUCCACGAGUAUAACAUUCGACGGUAUCUUGCGCGACGCGCGUUCAGCGACACCAUUUUACUCAACUGGAAGCGGUACCUCUGUGUGUUUAAACUGCCGCUCAACUUGCGCGGUCGGCUCGUGCACAAGUCGUUUCUUGUGAUGGGCAGCGAGCGCAUGGGCGUCACAGUGUUCCGUCACAACCACUAUGCGGUGAUUGCUCCCGAUGGCGGCCACCGCUGCAAUAGCAUCUACCUCGCCGACGACGAGAUUGUCUACUUGGUCAAGCAAGUCAGUGACGACGCGGGUCGCGACACCGACACGCCGCCAAGUGCCAAAGGACAUCGCAAGACGCUUCUGGCGCUGCAACGGCGCCGGACGGGCGCCGUCGUCUCGAUGAAGGAGGCGGCGGGCAACCACGACCUCAAGAGCAAUGUCCGACUGUCGAUCGACCACGCCGAGCGCAUCUUGGCGCUGGUGGUAUUCCUUCCUCUCGCGGCGCCUUCGAGCGCCAACGAGCUCUUGAUGGUCAUCCCCGCGCUCCUUCGCUGGCGCGAGCACCAAGCGCGCGUGCUCCAGCAGUACGAGUCGCUCGUGACCAUCCAGCGGGUCUUUCGCGGGUACCUCGUCCGCUUCGAAGACGCCCGUAGGCGACUCUUGGGUCAUUUGACGCAGCGGCAAAUGCAUCGACUUGGGCUUACGCUACAGCAGCGCAAGUUUGUUCAAGAACGACGCGGAAACGCUGCAACACGUAUCCAAGCCGCGUACCGCGGGUACUGCACGCGUUGCGACAUGCGAGCGCAAGGAGCGGCGGCAACGGUCAUUCAGAGUAUCUUGCGGCGCGAGCUGGCCAAGCGACGGGUUCUCGCGAUCCGAGAGGGCAAUUUGCACUUGUUUCCUGUUCAUCGAGUCUUUCACCGGGGCCUCGAACUCGGCGGACGCAGCCUCUUGGUGGCCAUCGACCAGUCGGGCCUCUCGUUUCGUUUUUAUGGCACCGACUACAACUCGUGCACUGUCUUGACGGGCUGUUGCCCACGCAGCCGCACGAUGCAGCUACUGCGCUUCGUUCGCUACGAGUACGCGACGGCGGCCAUUGGGCAGCCUGUCUUUGUCCGCGGUAGCUUUGGUGCGAUCGAGAGCGUCGAUACAACCUCGAUCGUCAACGACAUCUACGUCGUCUGUCGGCUGGGCGAGCCGGCGGGGGGCACCUCGGUGCUCUCGCUUCAGGACGCUGCGAUGGCGAUUCGAACAGCGCAAGCGGCCAAGCGCUCUAAAAGCCCCAAGGCCAAUGGCGCGCCGCCAGCACUCUACCCGCUGCCGGUAGAUGUUCACGACAUUCCUGGCAUCGUCCGUGUCCUCGUCCCCUACUUGGCGCUCGUCCCAACCAUGUCGGUGCCAACGCGGCAGCUCCAGCGCGAGACCAAUACUGUCGCCAUCGCUGUCGUCUUGCCCGCGAACGGCCCGCACCUUUUUCUUCCAAGCAUUGUUCCACAAACCGUCCCGCGGCGACUACGAAAUCGACUGCCGCCGAUGCUGCUGCGUCAGAGUCCAAAACCAUAUGCCACCACGUUGCGCGUCGACUCGUCGCUGCAGACCCGUAGCCGGUACCGCCAUGUGCCACGCACGCCGUAUGUGACCGAUGAAACCUUGGACCAAGUGACGGCGAGGCCGCUGUUUGAAGGCGCCGUGUACCGGCAGCAGUGCCCGCGCCAUUUUCAAACGCUUGCGCGCUGCAAGUGUUUUCUCUUCCGCGUCGAUAGCUCGGCGGCUUCGCACCUCGCGUCGUUGGACCUGGCAUUGAGCCAAGGCCGGGGCGACGACGAUCGCAGUCGACUCAAUAUUCUGACCAACGCGAUCCCAAAUCGCAGCGGCCGCAUGUGGCUCCGCCCGAAAAUACCGGCUCGAAAGGCGAGCGCGUCGUAGAAGCCACCACCAUUGAGGCGCGGGUUGCCGCUCGGCGUGAUCAUGCGGUUCUUUCUUGCUUGGCGAAUGAGCACUACGUGCAUGGGUGAUGGCAAGAGUAUAGAACAUAACUUAUAUGGCGGUGAUGGCUGUUGUCUUUCACU